GGAAAUUGAUGUUCUCCUUGGUCAUGUGUGUAAAAUUUGAAUUUCCGCCAGACGAGUUUGUUUAUUAUGUGUAGUAUGAGUGGUUAACGGCGAGCACGUGCAGAAUAAAAUAUGAAGAAGUCAAAGAAAGAUAGGAAGUCUAGUGAAGCAGCAGGUCAACAGGAUAGCAGUGAACCUGUAGCCGGUACAUCAGAUGCGAAUGCAACUGAACAAAUCAUAUAUACAAGUCCUAUAGCAAAGCCCAUGGCAUCUUCAAAAUUAACAAAGAAAAUCCGGAAAUUAAUUAAGUCUGGUUUGGCUUUAAAUGAAAAGACAUAUCUUCGGAAUGGGUUGAGGGAUGUUCAGUCAAGCAUUCGCAAAAAAGAAAAAGGCCUCGUUAUAUUUGCUGGGGAUGUGACACCAGUGGAAGUAAUGUGCCAUCUACCUGGAGUGUGUGAGGAGCUUGAUCUCCCAUAUGUUUAUGUUAAUUCACGCCAAGUGUUGGGAUCAGCACUGGGUUUGAAACGAGGUUCACUGAUGGUGCUCUUGAAAAGACAUGAUAAUUAUGGAGAUUUAUAUGAUCAAGUUGUUCAAAUAAUUGAGUCUCUACCUCCACCGUGGUAGAAUUUCAGGACUGGUCUUAGUCAGUGGGAACUCAAAGGUGAUGUGAACAUUCAGCAAAACCUUGUCAAUUUUAUGUUCUGAAUAGGAUUGUUUGUUAUAUUAACAUUAAUGCUGACUUCCAGUGAAAUAAAUUGUAUCAUGUGCCCCUGAGCUUGUUAGCACAGAGGCCUGACCAUAAUGCCAGAGCCAAAA